UGUAGUUUUCAUUCAUUUCUUCCUCCCCUUACUGGACUGAUCUUCUUCUAUCUAUUCUUUUAUCUUUAUCCUUCAAUAUUUUUGUCCAUGGCGUAUGCAUUUUCUUGGUGGUUCCAGUCAUUUCAUGACUCUUGGAUCCCAAUCUUCUUUUUUUUAAUCAUGAUUAUCCUUUUAGCCCUUUUCAUCAUGAAGAAAAGAGUUUAUUGCAAUUGUGAGAUUUGUCAAACAUACAUUAAUUCAAGUUGGAAAAUCCAAUUUGAUAAUUUCUGUGAUUGGUACACUCAUUUGCUUAAAAAAUCUACCACUCGCACAAUUCAUAUUCAUGUUCUUGGUAAUACUAUAACAGCAAAUCCCGACAACGUUGAAUAUAUGCUAAAAACCAGGUUUGACAAUUUCCCAAAAGGCAAACAUUUUUCUGCAAUAUUGGCUGAUUUCUUGGGCAGGGGCAUAUUCAACGUGGAUGGUGACUUGUGGAGGUUUCAAAGAAAAAUUACCAGUCUUGAACUCGGUCGUGCGUCAGUAAAAAAAUACGCUUUUGAAGUUGUUAAUCAUGAGAUUGAUCAACGGCUGUCACCUCUUUUAGCAUCUGUCGCAGGUAAAGAAGAUGAAAUCUUGGAUAUGCAAGAUGUUUUCAAAAGAUUUUCCUUUGAUAGUAUUUGCAGAGUUUCAUUUGGUUUGGACCCCAAAUGUCUUGAUCUGUCACUCCCUAUAACAAAAUUCGCUGCCGCCUUCGACCUGGCAUCAAAACUGUCAGCCGAAAGAGCCAUGACGGCGUCGCCACUUCUUUGGAAGAUGAAGAGAUUGUUUAAUGUUGGAAGCGAGAGAAAACUCCAGCGGGCAAUCAAGAUAAUAAAUAUGUUAGCACAAGAAGUCAUUAAGCAAAGGCGAAAAUUCAGAUUUUCCGAGGAGAAAGAUCUUCUGUCAAGAUUUAUGGGUACCAUUAGUGAUGAAAAGUACCUUAGGGAUAUUGUGAUUAGUUUCCUCUUGGCUGGCCGUGACACAGUGGCAUCUGCCUUGACGAGCUUUUUCUGGUUGAUGGCAAAGCACCCCGAGGUGGAGGCCAGUAUUCUGGUCGAAGCUGAUCGAGUAAUUGGCCAAAACAAAGAACUCACAAGCUACAAAAAACUCAAAGAACUUCACUAUUUGCAUGCUGCAGUGUACGAGAGCAUGAGAUUGUACCCACCAAUCCAAUUUGACUCAAAAUUCUGUUUAGAAGAUGAUCGUUUGCCUGAUGGUACUUUUGUGAAAAAGGGCACCAGGGUUACUUACCAUCCCUAUGCAAUGGGCAGGAUGGAAGAGAUUUGGGGGCCGGAUUGCAUGGAAUUCAAGCCAGAAAGAUGGUUGAAGAACGACGGCCUUUUCUUUCAAGAAAACCCUUUUAAGUACCCAGUUUUUCAAGCAGGAGUUAGGAUAUGUUUAGGUAAAGAAAUGGCCCUCGUGGAGCUCAAAAGUGUUGCACUUUCAUUGCUGAGGAGAUUUCGUAUCGAAUUAGCCCAACAGCAGCCCACUCCCAGUUUUUCUCCCGGCCUCACUUCCACUUUUCGAGGUGGUGUACCAGUGUUGGUCCGACCACGUAAAGCUCCAUCCUAGUACACAUCAAGAAUUACACAGAGCAUGUUCAGCACAAGUUACUACACAAUUGAACAGUAUCUAGUAAUUCUUCAAUUUAUACACUAUCUAUUGAUUCGAGCAUGCCCAUAUUGUACAAACCUUAAAUUAAGGUCAUCCAUGAGUAGAAAGAACCAUGAUUUCUAUAUCAAGGUGCCUAAUCCAGAAUGUAUUAUAACCGGUAUUUCUAGUGUUGGUACUUUUUCGUGCAAAGAUUGGUUGGCGGAUGGCCAAUUUACUGCCAACUGAAGUCUAUGGCUCAUUGCUUUUGAUGGACGAUACGGGAAGUUUUCACUUUUGAGGUUAAAUGUCCUUAUCCCCUCUGGACGGCUCAAGUCUGGCUGUGCAUAUGAAAUUGUAGAUGUGCAUUAAAUUAGUGUCUGUCAAUGUAAGGAAAUGUUUAUUGGUAACAUGUACCAUUGUAUCCUUUGAAGUGAAAAUUUAUGGAAAUUUCAAAUA